UGAGGAGCCACGGGUGCGAAACGCGCACGGGUGCUCGAGUUUUCGCGUAUCCGUCAAGACCGGGGUGGUGAUUAAGUGCCGCGGUGUGUUGCACGUGUGUCGGUGUGUCGCGGUAAGAUGAGCGCGUCGACUGGCGUGCUGCCGUCGUACCAGCGCCUUGCGAACGGCGUACCGGUGCCGUUGUUCUCGAGACGGUCCUUCCGUCCGCGCGAGAAGUACCUGAUCCUUCUGGUAUUCAUGACGUUCGGUGUCGUGUGCUUCGGUGCGUUCUUCUACCUGCCGGAUUUUCGUACCGGCGGUGCCGCCGUGAACAGUGUCUACCGCGUGUACCAGAGCAUGCAGAAGGCCGGACCGGAGCUGCUGCUGCCGGUGCCACCGCGCGCCUCCGGCGACGUCAAGGACUCGCGUUCGUCCGCGAUCGGACAUCCGAACGCGGUGCCGCCGGGCCACGAGGGUAGCGAUCAUCAAGACGUACACCUCGUCGAGGACAAGCAGAAGCUGCAGGCAAAAAUCAACGAAGAGUAUCAACAACAAAAGACAUUAGAGAAACCGGACAUGGGUGAAUCGCGAGUGCGUACAAGUAGUUCCUCAUCGUUGAUAGUGCACAAGGAAGAAACGGUUUUGGUGACAGUGCCACCAGCGCCUGCGGAUAAGCUGCCAUUAAUUGUCGGCGGAGAGGAUAAGGACCACAUCGCCAGACAACGAAGGGACAAAGUGAAAGAGAUGAUGAAACAUGGCUGGGACAACUACGUACGGUAUGCAUGGGGGAAAAACGAGUUAAGACCGAUCUCGAAGAGAGGUCAUAGUGCCAGUAUUUUCGGGGCUUCUAAUAUGGGCGCGACUAUUGUCGAUGGACUUGACACUCUUUAUAUCAUGGGUCUCCACGAUGAAUUUAAGCAAGGACGCGACUGGAUUGCCGAGAAUCUGGACUUCGAUAUCCUUAUAACUACAGCAGUAUCGUACUUUACUGUAAUAUAUACCACCACGAUGAAAUAAUGCAAAAC